AAACUCGCAGCUGUCCUCGUUUUGCUGUUUGAGAAAGAUGGAGCCCUGCGAGUUUUGUUAACCACUCGUUCCAAGUCGCUCCGAGCACAUCCCGGCCAAACUGCGUUUCCUGGAGGCAAGGUUGAUCCAACGGAUCGCGACCUUGUUGCUGCCGCACUUAGAGAGGCAAACGAGGAAGUGGCACUUCCUUUGAACAGCCCAUACGUUUACGUCCUAAACGCUUUUCCCCCGUUCUUGUCUGCCUCUCAACUCCUUGUCACGCCAAUCGUAGCCUUUUUAUCUGAGCCCUCAAUUAUUGACAGUCUAAUACCAUGCGCUGGGGAGGUAGACACCAUUUUCGACCAUCCUUUAGAGGCGAUUCUGGACCCGUCUUUGAUGGAUGGGGAGCCUAUGGUCCCGUUACACAGCGAGCAUUGGCCGUAUGACUCAGAGUUCCAUCACCCCUCCGAUGUUGCGUUGGAGGCUUUUGACAACUUCCUCUACCGAAUGCAACGUUUCCGCUCAUGUGCCUCCCCUGUGAAGGGUCUGACGGCAGACAUUUUGAUACUUGUGGCAGAACUUGCCUAUGGGAAACGUUGUGCUUACGAACGUCACCCGCCCGGCCACGAGGACACUUAUGCUCGGCUAGUCAUCACACGCAUGCGCCAAUUCGAACAGGCGACAUCAGCGCAGAUACCAAAGGACGCUGACGAGCCCGUUACCUCCGCUGAAUCGCUUCCAGUGUAA